CCAGGCGCUCCAAACGAAGUCGCUAUUUCCCUUCCGGAGAGUGAGCAGAAAGGGGCGCUGCUGCUGCUGCUGGCCCGGGGUUCAGGACGUGAAGUCGAGGGAGAGCGACGGGGGCUGUACCAUGGCUGGAUACCUCGGCGUGGCAGGGCCCGGCCUGUGGCUUCUCUGGAGCUAUGUAAUCUUUGGAAAUGGACUUCAUAUAGAGAUUCUUGGCGGAAGGUAUAACCGAGUGCUCCAUCAGGACAGCCUAAUCCGGCAAAAGCGAGAAUGGAUUGUCCCACCUUCCAUGAUCUGGGAAGAGCGUGACAAUUCCCAGAAGAAUCCAAUUGCUAAAAUACGGUCUGACAAAGAUGUUGAACCAGGAGUAAUUAUUACUUACACCAUUUCUGGCCAAGGAGUCACAGAACCACCAUAUCAUUUGUUUGUGAUUAAUGGGAAAACUGGAGAACUGAACAUAACUGGAAUAGUCGAUCGGGAACAAACACCAAUGUUACAUCUGAAAGGCUAUGCACUGAAUCAAAAAGGUGAAAACCUGGAAAGGCCACUGGAUCUGCGGAUUAAAGUUCUGGAUAUAAAUGACAAUAACCCAGUAUUUUCGCAGGCAGUUUUUAUGGGUUCUGUUGAAGAACUGUGUGAUGUAGGUACUCUUGUGCUGAAGAUAAAUGCAACUGAUGCAGAUGAGCCCAAUACGCUCAACUCCAAAAUUGCUUUUAGGAUUAUUUCACAAGAACCUAGUAACCCUCCUGCAUUUGUAAUUAACAAAGCAACAGGUGAAGUUCGAAGUGCAAUAUUCCAGCUUGACAGAGAGGUACAAAGUAGUUAUUCUUUGGUUGUGGAAGCAAGAGACCGUGAUGGAGAUUCAAAUGGGAAUGGUCAAGAGACCACUGUACAGAUCAAGAUUCUGGACGUUAAUGACAAUAUCCCAGUCCUUGAAAAGGCUGUGUAUGAAGGAAGUGUAAAGGAAAAUAUAGCUAACGUGGAAAUCAUGCGCCUGAAAGUCUUUGAUCGAGAUGAACAAUUUACUGAUAACUGGCUGGCAAACUUCAUGAUUGUGUCUGGUAAUGAAGGAGGCUAUUUCCGUAUAGAAACAGAUUCACAAACCAACGAAGGAAUUCUCACUCUGAUUAAGGAAAUAAAUUACGAAGAAUUGAAGACACUUGACCUGAAGAUAGUUGUUUCUAACAAAGCAGCAUAUCACAAAUCAAUUAUUAGUCAGGGUUACCAAGCAAAACCAGUUCCUAUUAGAAUUAAAGUGGAAAAUGUGAGGGAAGGCCCCAUAUUUAAGCCCCAAACUUUAGUGAUUCAAACAAGUGAAAUAAUGAAAAUAAACCAGCUUAUUGGAAGCUUUCAAGCUUAUGAUGAAGAUACUGGAAAAAUAGCAGAAUACAUCACGUAUGCCAAAGGUACUGAUAUUGCAAACUGGUUGAUAGUAAAUUCCAAAACAGCUGAAAUCAGACUGCUUAAAGUCCCAGACUAUGAAUCACCAUAUGUCAUCAAUGGUACUUAUACUGCAACAAUUUUGGCCAUAACUACUGACUACCCUCCAAAAACAGCUACGGGUACCAUUGUUCUUCAGAUUGAAGACACAAAUGAUCACUGCCCAAUUCUUGUGUCUCCAACAACAAAUUACUGUAUUGAUGCAAAGUAUAUUAAUGUCACCGUUGAGGAUCGAGAUAGACAUCCAAAUGGCGGCCCUUUCACUUUCAAGAUCAUUGAUGAACCUGAAAGAAUGUCAGACAAAUGGAGAAUUGGUCAGGUAGUUGGAUCCAGAGCCCAGCUUCUACCCCAGGAUGUAAUACCUGGCAUAUACAAAAUUCCUAUUUUAGUGAAAGAUAACCAAGGCUUCAGCUGUCCUGACCAACAAGUUCUGGAGGUGCACGUUUGUGAUUGCAACAGUAGCGGUGGUUGCAGGGCAACAGUUGUCGGCUCCUCUGUUUUUCUGGGACCUGCUGCAGUUGCACUGAUGAUCUUGGCAUUUUUGUUGCUACUCCUUGUGCCUCUCUUACUGCUGGCCUGCGGCUUUGGAUCAGGCGGUGGGAAAGGCUUUGUAGCCAUACCGGAUAACAGUGAAGAAAUGUUGCGUAACUGGAAUAGUGAAGGAGCUGCACCUGAAGACAAGGCAAUCCUGAACCUCCUUACUUCUUCUGGAUUGGAAAAGAAUGUGGGAAGCGAAGCAGCAGUCGUGGGUGCAGGAGCAGGAGCAGGAGCAGCAGCAGGAGCAGGAGCAGCAGCAGGAGCAGGAGCAGCAGCAGAGAGCGGCUUCUUCUCUGCAACCAAGGAGCAGAACAUCAGCAGCAACACAGUCACAAGAUGGCAGAGAGAAGAGCGAGAAGCUCUUCUUUCUGGUGCAGAAUUUCAGGGCGCCUCAGCGGGGGCAGCAGGGGCAGGCUUGACAGCAGGUGGGACAGUACGGAUAGGAGCUGGCAGAACCUCAGCCAUGGAAAGUGGCACCAUCAUGAAUCAAGAAUUCUUACGGGAUUACUUCAGUGAGAAAGCUGAUGCUAUUGCUGAUGAGGACGAAGUGCAGCUUGCCAAAGAUUGCCUACUCAUUUACUCCCAGGAGGAAGAACACGAUUCUCCUCAUGGUUCAGUUGGCUGCUGUAGCUUUAUUGAAGGCGACUUUGAUGAACAUUUCCUGGAUGACUUGGGAGACAAAUUUAAGACUCUGGCUGAGAUCUGCAUGGGCAAAAACACAGGCUUAGAAGCAGAGCAGUUCACUUCUCAUACCCAGAAAGAUAGAACUCCUAAUCCUGUAAUGAAUGAAUCCAGCCUGCAGUACUCACAGCAGCAGAAUGCACUGAAUGCUAAACACACCUAUUCUUCAGGGUCUGUCUACAAUUUACCUGAACCUGUGAAAGGCUUUGGUUCAGAAACGGUGACUGAGGAAACAGUAACUGAGACAACUGUUAAAACUAAGUCUGGUCUCCAGCCGGUUAAGCACAUCCCAGACCCUAUGAUUAGUAGCAGCAGAAAUGUUGUAGUGACAGAAACAUCAUAUGGGGCAGUACCAUCAAGAGUCAUCCUUGACCCUCAGUUUAAGGAGAAUGUGGUAGUGACAGAAAGGGUCCUUGCCCCUGCUUCUAACUUGCAGGACAUGUUAGAAAUGCCUGCUGGCGUCUUCCCAGACCUCCCAGAUUCAAAGUAUGUUGUUGUGAGAGAAAGGGAGCGGGUCCUUGUGCCAAGUUCUGACGUAAAGGCUUCUUUAAGCAUCCCCAAUCUGUCAGAAGGGCAGAACAUUGUAUUAACUGAGAGAGUAGUGACACCAACUCCUGGUGUACGGGCCACAGCUGAACCAGGCACCUUUUCUGGGAGUGAAAGGCAGGAACAGAUUUUAAUCUCUGACUCCUUUAACCAAAGUAACCCACAGGAAGCGCUUCCCACUGGUUCAACCUUGAACAAGUCUUCAAGGGUCAAAAAAUACAGUUCUGUCCAAUAUACACGCUCAUAGGUGGUGGAUUUCCACCCAUUAUUUCAUAUUCAUUCCUAUUUAGCAUUGAUAGGAUUGGUGGAUUGCCUUCUCAAAAGCUUGAAUAUGUUGCCUCACCUUCCUAACAGUGCUUUUAAAUAAUCCAUAAGGAUGCAACCUUAAAACCACUUACUAGGAGCAAUGCCUCACUGAGUAACAUAGGGCUUAUUUCUGAGAAGUUACUCAUAAGAUUGCUCUGUUAAAGAGCACCUGUGAGAGACUCCUCAAGCUUGCACAGCUAGAAAAGAAUAUUGCUUAUCAAAAGAGUAACAUAAAUCUCUAUGACAUCAAAGCUGGUGUAUUUUUAGUCUGGUGGAUUGUCAAAUUGAAGUCAGUUCAGCUUUGCUCAUUGUGCUGCAAAUUCCACUGGCCUGGACCAUGAGCCUAAACAUGGUACUUUUUAUUUUAUUUUUUUAAUGAAUUCACUGGAUUUAUUGUUUCACCAGUGUAGUUAAUACUGAAGUAUGUAUCAACCAAUUUGUAUAUAUUUCAAUUUAGUCAGACUGACUUCAGAAGUGUAUUUUUAAACAGCGCAGUAUUCACAAUCAGUUUCCACUGAGCUCUGCGCGGUUUAUUCAGUCUGUACAGUCGGGAUGCAGCCUUAAAACUACAAUUUUAACUGGUGUGUGGUUCAUUAUAUAAAUAGGGAGUAUUCAUAUUCUUUAAAAGAAUGGACCUCACUUCAUUUUUUUAAAAAAAACUUUCUAUAGAUUUUUAUAAAUUCUCUACCAAUAGAGACCGAGUGAAAUGGGAUUUUGUCCCUUGUAUUUAUAUAUCCUUUUCAAGAUGAAUUAGUUUAUCUGCAUGGUUGGUUCAAAUACUGUAUUUGAACAGGAUAUUACAUUUCUGAAGGCAGAAUUCCAUCCAGUGUGGGGUUUCCCCCCCCCCCCAGAUGCCAGAUAUCAUCACACAAUCUUGCUCAAUGCCAUGGCCAUCAAAAAAAAUUAACAUUUGUCAAUCUCAAGAUUUCUGCCAUUUAAAAAAAAAUUAAAUGUUUAAUUUAAUUUUUAAAAAUGAGGUUCUGCAGUCUGGAUGCCUAUCCUGUAUUCUCCUCUGAGUUUCCUUUCCUGCCCAAGAGUUCCACACCCCAUUGGACAGCCCCAGGCUUGGUUAGUCUGUUUUGUGGGAGGAGGAUUCCCUAAAGAUGAUUCCCAACAGCUUCCUUCAAGUCUGCUGAUCCCUCCCUCUUGUGCAUGGGGAGUGCAGUUUUAUUAAGUAAGAAUCAGCCUGUGGAUACUUGAGUGCGCUCGUGAGGUAUGGAAAUCAUCUUUUGCCUUUUUUGUAUGAAAUGGGUUCCUGUGUUGCACAACAGGAGAUAAACCACUGGAGAAUGAUCAAAUUAAAAGAUGUAUCCAGUGUGGGAUGCAGAAAUAUUACUAGUCUUAAAGAAGGAAAGAAUUCAGCCUUGCGGCCAGUUUGAUAUCCUUGUACCAUUGAAACGUAUUUUUGUUAGUUUCACACACUUUGUAAAGGCCUUAAGUUAAAAGUUCCAAAUAAUGACCAUAGCACAUUUGAGCUGGCCAUUUCUGUACAUAAUAUGUUUGAUAAUUGAAAUGAUAAUAUGAGAGGAAGUAUAAAUACACAUGUUUACGGUUUGGGAUGAAUAAUGCAUUCGUGUAAAGGGGAUCAGAUAUUGGCUGAUUUUAAGUUUUCUUCUUUCUAAAUCCAUAGUUUUGUCUGUGGCUGUUAUAUAUGAUCCCGUGUUAUAGUGAAUUUAAGCCACUUCAGUUAGUCCACAGUGGACUUACGGUUAUUUUCAUAUUUUUCUCAUCUGGUAUGGGAAUGCAACCUGCUUGAUUUCAAAAUGUAGCAACUGAUUUCAGGGUUCUUAGCUUUCAUUUUAUAUAACUUGACUUUGCUGUUUAAGCACUAGUUUUGUAGUUGAGGAAUGGGCUGGAUAUGCUGGAAUUUUUUAAUGGAAUUUGAAAUAAAACCAAAAAACUGUGUA